CCGAAAGGUGCACAAUCACAUAAAAGUGAUCAAUGCCUACCAUACGACCACGCUCGCCAUCGCCGUCAGAGGGUGCACGCUCUUCCAAGCGGCAAAAGCUCAACGAAGCCGACGACACGUCGGCCUUCGUGCCUGACCUUUUCGAGCAAGCCACAGUUAAGAAGCUCGCGGAUGCGUAUGAAGCGAGCGAGCCUUAUAAGCACGCGGUGCUUGACCGCCUCGUAGAUGACGACCUUCUAAAGAAGGUGAAGGAUGAGAUUCUAGGCGAGCUGAGAUUUGCAGAGAAGGAGACAGACAUCUAUAAGGUACACCAGACAGGUGACCUGGCUUCACUCAACUAUCUCACUCCAGAACAACUCACUCUCUUCCCCUCCCUUCUUCGCCUUCGUAACGCGCUCUACUCUACUCCUUUCCGGCGUUUCGUGCGGGGCGUGACCGGUUGUGGGCCCCUCUCUGGCACGCAGCAGGACAUGUCCUCCAACUCUUAUCGCCAAGGAUGCCAUCUUCUCAACCACGACGACGUAAUCGGUACCCGACGGGUGUCAUACAUUCUAUAUCUCCCACUCUCGGGUAGCGGAAGCACGGAUUGGAAAGACGAAUGGGGAGGCGCGCUCGAGCUCUACCCUGUUCUGCCACCCGUUGAGGGCCAGCUUCCGGAGCCGGAUACGAAACCGUCAAAACGCGUCCCGCCUGCAUGGAAUCAGUUCGUCUUCUUCGAAGUUCAACCGGGGCACAGCUUCCACAGUGUGGAAGAGGUGGUAGUUGCGCUCGGGGAGGACAAGGAAGGCAGACAGAGGCUCAGCGUGAGCGGUUGGUUCCAUAUGGCAAAGCCGGGAGAGGAAGGGUACGAAGAAGACAGGGAGCGGGAUCGUACAGAGCGAUUGGCGAGCUCACUGGAGCAGCUGUCAGCUUCACCUCCCAUCGCCCUUAAGCCCUACCCUUCCCCACUCCCGAUAUUUAUUCCCUCCACCCCGUUCACAGAAUCAGAGCUCAUCUUCCUGUCCUCCUAUCUCAACCCCGUUUACCUCCAACCUCGCUCCCUCACCCUUCUUUCGCAGCAGUUUACAAAAGACUCGUCCCUCUCGCUCAAGGACAUUCUCUCUGAAGCCUUGGCCGAGAAACUCGAUGCCGCCUUGAGGCAGAAGGACGCUGCAGACUGUCUUGGCCCUGACCGGCAGUGCAGAAUUCCCGCUCACUCAGCAGGAGAGGGGAACGGAUGGGUGCUCGCUGGCCCUCCACAUAAGCUUCGUUAUUGCGUUCUCGACCCUUCCGCUGCACUUCCGCCAGCUAAGACUAUAGACGGCGAAACGGCGUCUGCCACCACCCUUCUCCGCUCGCUGCAAGACGAUCUUCUUCCUUCUCCAGCGUUCAGAGCGUGGCUCGGGCUCGUGACGAGUCUGGUUCCCCUGAACCAUAAUGUCAUCGCCAGAAGAUUCAGGCCGGGACUGGAUUACACUCUUGCCCAGGCCGAUGAGGAAGAGGCAAGACUGGACGUCACGCUGUCCCUCACUCCUCAACCCCAUCCUAAAGCCAAACCUGCUCAGACGAAGGUCGACAAGAAGGGAAAAGGCAAAACUGUGGAAAAGGAGACUGAGGAGGAAGAGAUGGGCGGAUGGGAGAGCUGUGCCUGGGGUGGGUGGGAAUCUUACAUGGCCCCGCACGAGGGGGAAGAGGACCCCGCUGUCUACCGGAGCAGUGGGGGAUCGAGAUCCAAAGGGGUGAAUGGCACGAGCGAGCGUGCAAAUGGACAGGAUCACGCAGGGAAGGAAGAGGUAAAGGAACCGCAGGAUAAGCUGCUGGAGGAUGGGGAUAUUGACGCCCCUGAGGAAGGUGAUGAAGAGCAGGCGGAAGAUGAGGAAGAUGAGGAAGGGUUUGAGAUCGCGGAGGAGGACCGCGAAGCGUAUGAAGAAGCUCUCGCUAUGGAGGCUGCCGACCGAGCGGCGAACGGCGACGGCCCCGCCGAAAAUGGUGAAGAGGGUGAAGAUGCCGAGGAAGACUAUGAAGAUGAGACCGGUACACUACUCACCCAGCCCGCGUCGUUCAAUGGCCUUCUUAUCGUACUUCGCGAUCCGAAACUCAUGUAUUUCGUCAAGUAUGUGUCGGCGGCGGCGGAGGGAAGCCGGUGGGAUGUGUGUGGGGAGUGGCAGAUUGGGGAGCUGGAGGAGGAUGAUGGUGAGGAGCAGGCCGGAGAAUCAUGA